UCAGCGAUUAGUUUCGUGGAACUUGAUUCUUCAUAGAAAAUUAUUAGAGAAACACAGGUAGCUAAGAAAUUAAUUAAUAAAGCAUACAAGUGGUGAUCAAGUUUGCUGCUAGGGGAAAUUUGUACCACUUUUCUACUUGGCCCAGUUUCUUGCUGGUAAGCGUGCUAAUGCUCCACGUGAGGCACUUCAAAUUCUGACAUUGUACUCACCCUAGAAUUCAGUUUCUUAUUCAACUCCAAUUCAACUUGAAAUUUCUCUCUACUCUUCUAUGUUUCCAAGAUAUGGCUUCUGCUGCAUUUAUUGAACCUCUUCCAGUAGUGGAGUAUGCUGCCCAGCUGCUAGGAAAAGAUUUACUGUCAAGGCAAUUGUCUGAUGCUGAUCGCAUUAAGGCUUGCAAAAUUGUUGAGAAGCAACAUUAUACAAAAAGGUUGAACGAAAAGCAAAUCACUGCUCUUGUUAAAGUUACUUGCCAAAGACCUCGCGAUCUGGAAAAUGACAUUUUGCAGAAGCAGGAUGUUCCAGAUCUUCCAGUCACAAGUUCUGAGAAUCUUUUGCCUUAGGGACAGUAUCAC